CCACCCAGGGAUCCCCCAAACGUCAGUGAUAUUUUAAGUGAAAAGUUAUAAAAAUUAUCCUCUUUAGUGCAUUUAAUCACGUUUUUCUUGUUCUGCUUGAAUUGAGUUCUUCUAUGAGUUCUGGAAAUUCUUACCCAGUUUAGUUUUAUGAGCUGAAGGUUAUCAGAAACCUGUAUUGAGAGGUCUUUCUGAGUCUCAUUUAAGACAAAAUACAUUUGCAGGAAGCUUCUGUAAAAAGCAUCUGAGUGGCCCUUUCAGGUCGGGCCCUCGGGAAAGAUGGCUGCGGUGCAGGGUGCUGAGGUGAAAGUGGACGCCGGCGAGCCAAAACUGAGCAAAAAUGAGCUAAAGAGGCGCCUAAAAGCUGAGAAGAAAAUUGCAGAGAAGGAAGCCAAGCAGAAGGAGCUCAGUGAAAAACAGCUAAGCCAGGCCACUGCUGCUGCCACCAAUCACACCACUGAUAAUGAUGUGGGUGCUGAGGAGGAGAGUCUAGACCCAAAUCAAUACUUCAAGAUACGCAGCCAAGCAAUCCACCAACUGAAAAUCAAUGGGGAAGACCCAUACCCGCACAAGUUCCUUGUUGACAUCUCACUCACUCAUUUCAUCGAAGAGUAUGGUCACCUGCAGCCUGGGGACCACCUGACUGACAUCACCUUAAAUGUGGCAGGUAGGAUACAUGCCAAAAGAGCUUCUGGGGGAAAGCUCAUCUUCUAUGACCUUCGAGGAGAAGGGGUCAAGUUGCAAGUCAUGGCCAAUUCCAGGAAUUAUAAAUCAGAAGAAGAAUUUAAUCACAUCAAUAACAAACUACGUCAGGGAGACAUAAUUGGAAUUAAGGGAAAUCCUGGGAAAACCAAGAAGGGUGAGCUGAGCAUCAUUCCCUACGAGAUCACACUGCUGUCUCCUUGCUUGCAUAUGUUACCUCAUCUCCACUUUGGCCUCAAAGACAAGGAAACACGGUAUCGUCAGAGAUACUUGGACUUGAUCCUGAAUGACUUUGUGAGGCAGAAAUUUAUUAUCCGCUCUAAGAUCAUCACAUACAUAAGGAGUUUCUUGGAUGAGUUGGGAUUCCUAGAGAUUGAAACUCCCAUGAUGAACAUCAUCCCCGGGGGAGCUGUGGCCAAGCCUUUCAUCACCUACCACAAUGAGCUGGACAUGAAUUUAUACAUGAGGAUUGCUCCAGAACUCUACCAUAAGAUACUGGUGGUUGGUGGCAUUGACCGGGUUUAUGAAAUUGGACGCCAGUUCCGGAAUGAAGGAAUUGAUUUGACUCACAAUCCUGAGUUCACCACCUGUGAGUUCUACAUGGCCUAUGCAGACUAUCAUGAUCUCAUGGAAAUCACAGAGAAGAUGAUUUCAGGGAUGGUGAAGCACAUUACGGGCAAUUACAAGGUCACAUACCAUCCAGAUGGCCCAGAGGGUGAAGCCUAUGAGAUUGACUUCACCCCACCCUUCCGGAGAAUCAGCAUGGUAGAAGAGCUUGAGAAGGCCUUGGGGGUGAAGCUGCCAGAAACUAAGCUCUUUGAAACUGAAGAAACUCGCAAAAUUCUUGAUGACAUCUGUCUAGCAAGAGCUGUUGAAUGCCCUCCACCUCGGACCACGGCCAGGCUUGUCAGGGAGUUCCUGGAAACGACAUGCAUCAAUCCUACAUUCAUCUGUGAUCACCCGCAGAUAAUGAGCCCUUUGGCUAAAUGGCACCGCUCUAAAGAGGGUCUGACUGAGCGCUUUGAGCUGUUUGUCAUGAAGAAGGAAAUCUGCAACGCCUACACCGAGCUCAACGACCCUGUGCGGCAGCGGCAGCGGCAGCUAUUUGAAGAACAGGCUAAGGCCAAAGCUGCUGGCGACGAUGAAGCCAUGUUCAUAGAUGAGAACUUCUGCACUGCUCUGGAAUACGGGCUACCCCCCACCGCUGGCUGGGGCAUGGGCAUCGACCGUGUCACCAUGUUUCUCACAGACUCCAAUAACAUCAAGGAAGUACUUCUGUUUCCUGCCAUGAAACCCGAAGACAAGAAAGACAGUGGAGCUACCCCUGAAACAUUACAGAGCACGACAGCUGGCACUUCUGUCUAGAAAAGGAUCACUGCAAGUCCUGUAACUCAGGCCUCUCUGCAUCUUGCACAAGUUCAAGGACUGCAGGGGAGUGCUCGUGUGUUGCUGUCCAUUUGACGAUCACAGUUCAGUUCAGCUACGAGAAUAGAGAAGAGGAAUUAAAAAUUCCUUUUUACUUCUUGUUCCCAAAUAAACCAUUUGUCUCUAAAAAAAAAAAAAAAGCAUCUGAGUGUGAAAAGUAUAACUGUAAAUGACAGAAGUCUUAAAAAUGGCCAUUUGGUUAAAGAUAUGAUUAGAGUUUAUUAUGAUGCAAGUGGCAAGGAUGUUUGGUUAUUUCUGUGACAUAUAAUGCUUUAAGAUAAUAACAUACCAGGACUUAUCAGAUUGUUUGGAGUUUCAUAUAAUUUUUAGAACACUUAUCUUGAUAACCAACAUCUAUAUAAAUUUUGGUAGCACUUAUUUGACAGUGCUGUCCAUAUGAUUAAACACAAUAACAAACAAGCCUAAUUAAUUACUCACAAAAUCUCUGAAAUGUGCAAGGAGCCCUCUGGAAAAUUUCAAUUAAGAUUGUGGUCGGAACGACUUCAUUUUAGAAUUUGAUUUUGGGAAGUUAUGUCAAAAAAUAUAAAAGGUUUGGACAUUUGGUUAAGUAGGAACACGAAUCAUUAUAAAACAAUAGUUAAUUAUCCAUUUAACCAAAGUGACAAUAAAAGAUUAUAAAGGCCAAUAGAAGUUUACAUAGUUGUAAGCAAAAUUUAGCCCUUUUAAUAUUAAGACUCAGUUUUAUUUAAAUAAUGAAAGGCCUGACAAACAUAGGAAAUUAUUUUGGCAAAACGCAGCAUCCUUUAAAGGUAAAGAAAAACUUUUGCUUAUAAUUUCUUACUAAGAGCAGACCAAGAAAAUUUUGUCCUUUUAACACAGAGAAAAUAAUCCUAAUUUUGUACCAGUGUACUUUUGAUAAUAAAACUCAUUUACUUAAAUUUACUGUUACCCAGUACUGGCCACACAGAAAACUUCUUUCCAAAGAUUUCUUUUCCAUAAACCUUCUACAACUUUUUUUUUUACAUUCAGAUUUUGCCCUAAGUUUUCAGCCUCACUUCAGGACCAAUUUAUUUCUUUUUCCACUACAAAGAAUGUGCUUUUAUUCCUAUUUUUUCUUAUCAAAAACACAUAUCUUACUUGUCCUGUAUAUAGAUUUGUCUCUCUUAUUUUCAGUAGCCUUAAUUACAUUUAUUAGAAUUCUUAACUCUUAGAAACCUUAAUUUCUAGUGAAAAGUAAGUAGUUUACAACUGCUUACUGUUAUAUCAGAAUUCUUUAGAUUGGCAAAUUAAAAAAAUUACUUUUAAUUUCUCUUACUU